AUGACUGAAACUAAAAAUGUUGAAAUUGAAUUGCAAACCCCUCACGUAAUAAAUAGUCAAGAUGAGAGAUAUUCUAAAAAUGUUUUUGGUAAUAUAUCCUGUGAUGAAAAGAUUAUUAGUAUGAUAAUAUUGAAAAGAAAGGAAACUAUGCUUAAAAAUAUUAAUCUAAGAAUAGAAAAAUUACUUCAAAUAGACCAGAUUAUCAAUUACCAAAUAAUAGUAUCUAAACAUCUAAAUAUACAUUAUUGAAUUUUUUUCCGAAAUAAUUAUUUGAGUAAUUUUCAAAGCUGGCAAAUGUUUAUUUUGUGGUAUGUUUUAAUGGUUAUCAAAUUAGUUAAUGGGUGCAUUAUAAAUGGUUCCAGAAGUUACAAUAAGUUCAGGAAUACCGACAAUAUAUUUACCAUUAGGAUUCAUAAUUUUGAUAAGUGGAGCAAAGGAUUUUUAUGAAGAUUAUAAAAGAAGGACUUCUGAUAAUGAGGAAAAUAAACAGUAAGUAACAGUAUUUGAUGGAAAAGAUUUUGUAAAAGUUCCUUCAUAUGAUUUAAGAGUAGGUCAUAUAUUGAAGGUGUGUUAAGAUGAAAUAAUUCCAGCUGAUAUGAUCUUAUUAAGAUCAAGUGAGAAAAAAGGAAUUUGUUAUGUUGAAACUAAAUCACUUGAUGGAGAAACUAAUUUAAAAUAAAAAAAUGUUCAUGUAGAUCAUCUUUAGAUUUUUAAAUCAGAUGAUUGUUUUGGACAAUUAGACAAAAGAAUAAUAUUAAAAUAUUAGGCACCAACUCCUUAUUUGUAUAAAUUUAUAGGAGAAACGACAACCUCAAAUCUAUAAGUCUCAUCAAUUAAUUUUAAUAAUUUUCUUUUAAGAGGAUGCAAUUUAAGAAAUGUUAAAUAUAUUUUUGGUUUAGUAGCUUAUACUGGUCAUGAUACAAAAAUUAUGAUGAAUUCUUAUAGAGCUAGAACGAAGCGCAGUAAAUUAGAAGUCAAAAUGUAAAAGUUUAUUUUAAUAAUCUUUAUAAUUUAAUUUAUCAUGUGUAUCAUAGCAUCUGCUGUUUAUGCAAUUUCAUAUUUUGAUAAUAGAGAAUUUUUAAAUUAUUUAUAUAUAGAAAUAAAUACUUCAGAGUAUACAAUUCCAUAUAACUUUUUUGUAAGAUUUGGUAAUUGGAUGUUAAUUUUUAAUAAUUUUGUACCAAUCUCUCUUUUGGUAACUUUAGAGAUGGUAAAAUUUAUUCAAGGGAAGAUUAUGACGUUAGAUGAAAAAUUGAAUUAGCCAAGAGUAUAGACUUCAAAUUUAAAUGAGGAACUUGGAUAAAUAGAGCAUAUUUUUAGUGAUAAAACUGGUACUUUAACAUGUAAUAUAAUGGAGUUUAAACAAAUAAUAAUGUAUACUUUUAAAAUCAAUAUAGAGGCAAUCAGAAUUAUGGAGAUAUACUAAGAUCAUCAGAUGAAUAUAUUGGAGAUGAUGAAUUAAUUAAUUAUCCAUAAGUUAGUAAUGUAGAUUUUAGAGAUAAAACUUUGUUAUAAGCAAUAGCAGAUAAAAAUCAUAUAAUGCAUGAUAAAGUUGUUGAAUGUUUAAAAAUGAUAUCAAUAUGUCAUACAGUUAUAUCAGAUUAAAAAGAUGGGAAACUACUUUAUAAUGCAACAUCACCUGAUGAAUUAGCUUUAUUAAAUUUUGCUAGAUUUGUAGGAUUUGAAUUUUUGGGAACAGAUGAAAAUAAUAUAAAAAGAAUAAGCUUUUAAGAAGAGAUAAUUGAAUAUCAAUUAUUGGAAAUGUUCGAAUUUACAUCUCAAAGAAAGAGAUAAUCAAUUUUAGUUUAAGUGAUUAAAACUGGAGAAAUAUAUUUAUUUUCAAAAGGUGCAGAUUCUGUUUUAUUGGAUUAGGUGAGAUUAUCAAAAGAAGAAUUAAAUAAAAAUGAAUAUCAUAAUUUAGUGUAGAGAUUAUAGGAAUAUGGUAAAAUAGGAUUAAGAACUUUGGUUUUAUCUAAGAGAAAAUUAAGUAAAUAAGAUUAUGAAGAAUGGCAUAGACGUUAUUAAUAAGCAACAUAAUAAAUAGAAAAUAGGGAAGAAAAGAUGCAGGUGCUUUAAGAUGAAUUGGAAAAGAAUUAUGAAAUUUUAGGAGCUACUGCAAUAGAAGAUAAAUUAUAAUAAGAUGUUUCAGAUACAAUUGCAGCAAUAAAAGCAGCUGGAAUAAAAGUUUGGGUGUUAACAGGAGAUAAAAUUGAGACUGCUAUUAAUAUUGGUUAUUCGUGUUCAUUAUUAACAAAUAAUUUAGUUUAACAUAUAGUUGAUGAAAAAGAAGAACUUUUAAUUAAUGAAAGAUUAGAUGAUAUUUUAAAUAAGAUUCCUACUCUUUAGACAACUUAAGGAUAAGCUUUAAUUAUAUCUGGUGAUGCUUUAUUACAUGCUUUGAAACCAGAUAUAUAAAAAAAAGUAGCAGAAAUUUGUGGAUUUUGUGAAGUUGUUUUAUGUUGUAGAGUAAGUCCAAAAUAAAAAUAAGAUGUUGUAUCUUUAAUAAGAGGAAGAAAUCAAUAAUGUUCUACCCUUGCUAUAGGAGACGGUGCAAAUGAUGUUAAUAUGAUUACAGCUGCUCAUGUUGGAGUUGGUAUUAGAGGCGUUGAAGGUUAAUAAGCAGCAAGAGCAGCUGAUUAUAGUGUCUAAGAAUUUAGAGAAUUGAGAAGAUUAUUAUUUUUUCAUGGAAGAGAGUGUUAUCGUAGAAAUAGUGUUUUAGUUUGCUACACUUUUUAUAAAAAUAUUCUAGUUGUAUUACCUUAAUUUUGGUAUGGCAUUCUCUCUAUGUAUUCUGCUUAAUCAUUAUAUGAUACAUUCAUUUAUUAAUUAUUUAAUAUAUUAUAUGGAUCAUUACCAAUUAUGAUCUAUGGAAUAUUUGAUGAGGAAUAUGAUGCUGAUUAAUUGACUGAUAAUAAAUUAUAGAAUUACUAUUAAUAAGGUCCUUAAGGAGUUUUAUUUAAUAUAUAGAUAGUUUUAUUUUGGAUUUUCUGUGGAUUCUGGUAAGCUGCCAUUUUAUGUUUCUUUCCUACAUAUACUAUUUCUGAAAACUUUGUAGAAAAUAGUGGAUUUACUCAUCAUUUAUGGGCUCAAGGAACUAUGAUAUUUGGGUUGAUAAUUGUUGUUUGUAAUUUGAAAGUUCUAAUAUUUUCAAAUACUUACACACCUGCAUUACUAGUAAUUUUUAAUUUAUUAUUUAAGGGUAGUAUUUCUUUUAGUAUGAUAUCAUACUUACUUUCUUGGAUCAUCCUUGAUAAUUUACCUUCAGCUGAAGCAUAUGUUGUUUUUUAAUCGUAUUAAUUUAUUUAAAUAAUUAGAUUAUUUUAAACACCUAAUUUUCAUUUAGGCAAUAUUUUAGUUAUUGCUGCCAUUUGCAGUGUUGAUAUUGCAUUAAAUAUUAAACUUAAUAGAGUCUUAUAAAAGGUCAAUUAAAAUAUGUCUAUUAAAGCACCUUUUACCUAAAAUAAUUUAUCUCUCUAAUAAGCUCCUAAAAUAGUUGGAAAGUUAAACAACAAAGCUCAUACAGGAUUUGCAUUUAAUUGUUUAGAUAGAGAUGAAUUAGAAGAUUAGGAUAAAAUUGAUUUGUAUGGAAUAGACAAUUAAGUUUAAUCUUAAAAUGGAUGA